AUGUCUACCAUCGGCACAAAUUCUGCAAUUCCUGCCCCCGCGCAAUCAUACAGUGAUCGAGGUUACGGCGCUGCAAGUACCCCACGAGCACAUCCACAAUCUCACACCAUCAACGGAGGAGGUCCUGCAGUAUUAGACUACGCUCCAAACGAUCACGAUCCUCAUACAAACAUUCCAAACUCACACGGAAGAUUCAACGAGGAGUGGGAUGCGAGUCAACGAGGAAGCUCAAUAAUAGACGGCAAUAUGCAUCGAUCACAUUCAGUCAUGUCGCAAGGCGAUACCUUGAUUCCUUCGCGAGGGGGAACUCUUAAAAAGAAAGCUUCGUUAAAAAGAAGUGGAAGUAGACGAAGUUCCAGGGCUGGGAGUGUUCGCAGUUUGGUUGUUCAUCCACAAGGUGAUAUCGACGAGGCACACAGUGCUUUCUAUUCUCCAGUACCCACAAGCGGAAACCCCACGGAUAUUUUAGCAAACCGAUUUCAAGCUUGGCGUAAAGUCCUCAAGGAUCUUAUCGUUUAUUUCAAAGAAAUCCAAAGCCAAUAUGAGCACAGAUCCAAGAGCCUGUUGAAGGUCUCGAAUGUUAUUAACAAUACCACGGCGCCCGCCGUCUUUUUACCUACAGGUGGAAUUGACGACGCCCUCCAAAUUCUUCGCAAUUAUCAUAAAUCCGCAAUCGCAGAGGCAAACAAGUCCAGAGAUAUCGAGCAAGAUGUGAUUCUUGCCUUGACAGGCCUGCGUAGCGAUUUGCAACAGAAAAUCAAGGAGAUCAAGGGCUUAUCGGGCGACUUUAAAAAUUCCGUGGAUAAGGAGAUGGAAGCUACUCGAAAGGCUGUGGCCGCAUUGCAAGAUGGUUUAGGUCAAUCGGACAUUGAUCCUUCUCAGAUGACGGGCAAGCAUGAUCCAUACUUACUCAGACUUGCUGUGGAUCGUCAGGUCGAAAAGCAGAUUGAUGAGGAGAAUUACCUUCACCAGGCAUAUCUCAAUUUGGAAGCCUCUGGGCGUGAACUCGAAGCUAUCGUAGUGGGCGAGAUCCAAAAGUCUUAUAACGCGCUCGCAGGUAUAUUGAAGCGCGAGGCAGACAGUGCCUAUAGCGCAGUAGACGAAUUACGCACGGGUCCCAUUGCCAUGCCAAAAGAUCAUGAAUGGACUGCAUUUGUCGAAAAUGAUGAACAUUUUAUUGAUCCAAAGGUUCCUAUUCGAACACCAGAGAUUAUAAGAUAUCCUGGACAGGACAAUGAGCUUGCUGGGUGCAUUAGAGAGGGCCUCCUUGAGAGAAAAUCCAAGUUCCUAAAGAGAAUGAUUGAAAGUGAUAACCAUAAUAUGUAUCGUACUAAUUUGAAUUCUAGUGCUGGCUGGUACGUCCUUUCUCCUACUCACUUGCAUGAGUUUCGCUCUGCGGAUAAACUCGGAGCGCCAAUCAUGUCUCUCUACCUCCCCGAGCAAAAACUCGGCUCUCACUCGAAUGAGGGAGGAUCCUCAAACAAAUUCAUACUCAAAGGCCGUCAAACUGGAGCAUUGCAUCGCGGACACUCUUGGGUUUUCAGAGCGGAAACACGUGAUACUCUACUCGCUUGGUACGAAGACAUCAAGACUUUGACGGAAAAGUCUCCACAAGAACGUAAUGCGUUUGUGCGUCAGCAUGCCCGCAGCGUUAGUGGUACAUCACAACGAGCUGGUUCCAUCAGCAGCGACGGUGUUAUGGACGAGGAGGACGAAGAACCAUUUUCGGCACAUACAUCAGCCAUUGUAGGCACUCAAGGACUCAAACAAGAACAAAAGCGUCCUGAACCAGGUGGGAGAUUUCCAUCAGAUCUACAAAUUAAUGCGACGCGUGGCUUACAGGCUCCUCUUUCGCCUUCUAGCGGAAGUUCCAUUUUUGGGGGUGAAGCAGAUGAUGCAGUGAUUACCGCUGCAGCUCUACCCGCAAGUGGUGUUGGCCAUCGCUAUGGAGAGACCCCUGGCCACGCGUCGCCGACACACGCGCAGAUGAUAAAUCAAGCUGCUGAAGAAGAUGGUGUGAACCCUUAUACUUACGAACCCAUUCAGAAUAUGAACACUACGCGUGAUAGUCAACAACAUGAGUUACCUACCACUGCCGCUACUGCAGGCUUAGGCGGCGCCGCUUUGGGCAUAGCAGGCACAGCCGCAUACCACGAUCACCAGCUUCAGAAACAACGCGAGCAAGCAGACAUGGAAGCGACUAUGAUAGCCGCCCCUGACACGGAUCGACUUCGAGAACAAGCGGAUAUGGAAGCAGCUAUGAUUGCAGCUCCCGACGAUCAUAUAUAUGACGACAAGGCACAGCAACAGGCAGAUCUAGAAACUACUGCCAUUGCUGCACCUGACACGCACAUGUCCGGAGGACGUAGCCAGGGCGAUAUCAGCGCGGUCCCUUGGUUCAAUGAAGUAGGGGAGACUGCGGCCAUAUCGACAGUAGCGGCUACUACGGCUGUUCCAACUACGUCAACUGUCACAGAUACUAUUGAGCCAAGAUCAAUGGAGGCACUCCUCGAUCCCCUCGCCAAGGAUCUCGAACGUCCAACUUUGGCUGCUGGGCAAAACCAUCAAAGCGUCCAGAGUAUCAGCCAAUUGCAUGUCCCCGGUGAAUUCCCCAGGACUCGAACAGAAACAGGAAGUUCUUUGAGUAAUGAAACUGUCUAA